AUGAAGCUGAUCCUUUCUCUGACUCUGAUCUGGGCGCUCUCCAGCACAGCUGGAGCACUUGUGUGUAAAACUUGCACAGAUCCACAGUGUUCAAGCACGAUACCACUAACGUGUUCCUCAGAGACAAUGUGUAUUACAGCUUCCAUUAGAGCUACUUCAUCUGGAACCCCAGGCCAGCAACUCUUCAAGGCUUGUGCAUCGUCCUCCCUGUGUCCAGCCGCAGGCUCUCAGACAUUUUCAGUCAACUUGGGAGUUGCGAGUGCACUUGCAUCUGCGACGUGCUGCAACACAGAUAACUGCAACUCAGUAACUCCACUAUGCCCUGCUACUCCAGCAGAUAACAGCCUAAAGUGUAACUAUUGUAACCCCAUGACCUCUCAAUGCACUAGUCCAUUACAAUGUAAGGGAUCGGAGGACCGCUGCUUUCAAGCGACUGUGACAGAUGGGUCCACAACAUCUCCGGCCUUUGGCUGUGCAUCUGCAAACCUGUGUGCAGCUGCUACCAGCCUGGGUAGCCUACCUUUCAUGCAAAAUGUUGGUAACAUUAGCAGCGGACCUUCCUGUUGUGGAACCAGUUUGUGUAAUACUGUCACAACAACUGCCGCCCCAACGACAACAACAACAACUGCCGCCCCAACAACAGUGGCAGCCAUGACAACUACAACUGCCGCAACAACAACUGCAGCCCCAACUACAGCUGCAGCACCAACAACAACUGCCACACCGACAACAACAACUGCUGUCCCAACAACAACUGCAGCACCAACGACAAUGGCCACACCGACAACAACAACUUCUGCCCCAACAACAACUGCAGCCCCAACAACAACUGCUGGCCCAACAACAACUACUGCUCAAACAACAACUGCCGCCCCAACAACAACUGCAGCCCUAACAACAACAACUGCUGCCCCAACAACAACUGCCGCCACAACAACAACUGCUGCAGAAACAACUACUGCCACCCCAACAACAUCUUCCUCCCCAACAACGACUGCCGCCCCUACAACAACAACAGUCCCAACUACAUCUGCAGCACCAACAACAACCGCCACACCGACAACAACAACAACUGAUGCCCCAACAUCAACUACUGCCCCAACUACAACUGCUGCCCCAACAACAACCGCCACUCCGACAACAACAACUGCUGCCCCAACAACAACAACUGCAGCCCCAACUACAUCUGCAGCACCAAUAAAAACCGCCACACCGACAACAACAACUGAUGCCCCGACUACAACUGCGGCCCCAACAACAACCGCCACACCGACAACAACAACUGCUGCACCAACAACAACAACUGCUGCCCCAACAACAACUGCCAUAACAACAACAACUGCUGCAGAAACAACGACUGCCACCCCAACAACAUCUGCCUCCCCAACAACAACCGCCACACCGACAACAACAACUGAUGCCCCAACAUCAACUGCUGCCCCAACUACACCUGCAGCACCAACAAAAACGGCCACUCCAACAACAACAACUGCUGCCCCAACAACAACAACUGCUGCCCAAACAAAAACUGCCGCCCCAACAACAACUGCAGCCCCAACAACAACCGCCAAAAUGACAACAACAACUGCUGCACCAACAACAACUGCUGCCCCAACACCAACAGCUGCUGCCACAAAAACGACUGCCGCCCCAACAACAACAACAGUCCCAACUACAUCUGCAGCACCAACAACAACCGCAACACCGACAACAACAACAACUGAUGCCCCAACAUCAACUACUGCCCCAACUACACCUGCAGCACCAACAACAACUGCUGCCCCAACAACAACUGCAGCCCCAACAACAACCGCCACACCGACAACAACAACUGCUGCCCCAACAACAACAACUGCUGCCCAAACAACAACCGCCACACUGACAACAACAACUGCUGCACAAACAACAACUGCCACACCGACAACAACAACUGCUGCCCCAACAACAACUGCCGCAACAACAACUAUUGCAGCCCCAACUACACCUGCAGCACCAACAACAACUGCCACCCCAACUACAACUGCAGAACCAACAACAACUGCAGCACCAACAACAACAGCUGCCGCCCCAACAACAACUUCUGCCCCAACAACAUCUGCGGCCCCAACAACAACUGCUACCCCAACAACAACAACUGCAGCCCCAACUACAUCUGCAGCACCAACAAAAACCGCCACACCGACAACAACAACAACUGAUGCCCCAACAUCAACUACUGCCCCAACUACAACUGCAGCCCCAACAACAACUGCCACACAGACAACAACAACUGCUGCCCCAACAACAACAACUGCUGCCCAAACAACAACCGCCACACCGACAACAACAACUGCUGCACCAACAACAACAACUGAAGCCCCGACUACAUCUGCAGCCCCAACAACAACCGCCACACCGACAACAACAACUGCUGCACCAACAACAACAACUGCUGCCCCAACAACAACUGCCGUAACAACGACAACUGCUGCAGAAACAACGACUGCCACCCCAACAACAUCUGCCUCCCCAACAACGACUGCCGCCCCAACAACAACAACAGUCCCAACUACAUCUGCAGCACCAACAACAACCGCCACACCGACAACAACAACAGCUGAUGCCCCAACAUCAACUGCUGCCCCAACUACACCUGCAGCACCAACAAAAACGGCCACUCCAACAACAUCAACUACUGCCCCAACUACAACUGCAGCCCCAACAACAACCGCCACACAGACAACAACAACUGCUGCACCAACAACAACAACUGCUGCCCCAACAACAACUGCCGUAACAACAACUGCUGCAGAAACAACGACUGCCACCCCAACAACAUCUGCCUCCCCAACAACGACUGCCGCCACAACAACAGUCCCAACUACAUCUGCAGCACCAACAACAACUGCCACACCGACAACAACAACUGCUGUCCCAACAACAACUGCAGCAGCAACGACAAUGUCCACACCGACAACAACAACAACUGAUGCCCCAACAUCAACUGCUGCCCCAACUACACCUGCAGCACCAACAAAAACGGCCACUCCAACAACAACAACUGCUGACCAAACAACAACUGCCGCCCCAACAACAACUGCAGCCCCAACAACAACCGCCACACUGACAACAACAACUGCUGCACCUACAACAACUGCUGCCCCAACACCAACAGCUGCUUCCACAACAACGACUGCCGCCCCAACAACAACAACAGUCCCAACUACAUCUGCAGCACCAACAACAACCGCAACACCGACAACAACAACAACUGAUGCCCCAACAUCAACUGCUGCCCCAACUACACCUGCAGCACCAACAACAACUGCUGCCGCAACAACAACUGCAGCCCCAACAACAACCGCCACACCGACAAAAACAACUGCUGCACCAACAACAACAGCUGCUGCCCCAAAAACAACUACAGCCCCAACAACAACUGCAGCCCCAAAUACAGCUGCAGCACCAACAACAACUGCCACAUCGACAAAGACAACUGCUGUCCCAACAACAACUGCAGCACCAACGACAAUGGCCACACCGACAACAACAACUGCUGGCCCAACAACAACUACUGCUCAAACAACAACUGCCGCCCCAACAACAACUGCAGCCCUAACAACAACAACUGCUGCCCCAACAACAACUGCCGCCACAACAACAACUGCUGCAGAAACAACUACUGCCACCCCAACAACAUCUUCCUCCCCAACAACGACUGCCGCCCCUACAACAACAACAGUCCCAACUACAUCUGCAGCACCAACAACAACCGCCACACCGACAACAACAACAACUGAUGCCCCAACAUCAACUACUGCCCCAACUACAACUGCCCCGACUACAACUGCGGCCCCAACAACAACUGCUACCCCAACAACAACAACUGCAGCCCCAACUACAUCUGCAGCACCAACAAAAACCGCCACACCGACAACAACAACAACUGAUGCCCCAACAUCAACUACUGCCCCAACUACAACUGCAGCCCCAACAACAACCGCCACACAGACAACAACAACUGCUGCCCCAACAACAACAACUGCUGCCCAAACAACAACCGCCACACCGACAACAACAACUGCUGCACCAACAACAACAACUGCAGCCCCGACUACAUCUGCAGCCCCAACAACAACUGCUGCAGAAACAACGACUGCCACCCCAACAACAUCUGCCUCCCCAACAACAACUGCUGCACCAACAACAACAACUGCUGCCCCAACAACAACUGCCGUAACAACGACAACUGCUGCAGAAACAACGACUGCCACCCCAACAACAUCUGCCUCCCCAACAACGACUGCCGCCCCAACAACAACAACAGUCCCAACUACAUCUGCAGCACCAACAACAACCGCCACACCGACAACAACAACAGCUGAUGCCCCAACAUCAACUGCUGCCCCAACUACACCUGCAGCACCAACAAAAACGGCCACUCCAACAACAUCAACUACUGCCCCAACUACAACUGCAGCCCCAACAACAACCGCCACACAGACAACAACAACUGCUGCACCAACAACAACAACUGCUGCCCCAACAACAACUGCCGUAACAACGACAACUGCUGCAGAAACAACGACUGCCACCCCAACAACAUCUGCCUCCCCAACAACGACUGCCGCCACAACAACAGUCCCAACUACAUCUGCAGCACCAACAACAACUGCCACACCGACAACAACAACUGCUGUCCCAACAACAACUGCAGCAGCAACGACAAUGUCCACACCGACAACAACAACAACUGAUGCCCCAACAUCAACUGCUGCCCCAACUACACCUGCAGCACCAACAAAAACGGCCACUCCAACAACAACAACUGCUGACCAAACAACAACUGCCGCCCCAACAACAACUGCAGCCCCAACAACAACCGCCACACUGACAACAACAACUGCUGCACCUACAACAACUGCUGCCCCAACACCAACAGCUGCUUCCACAACAACGACUGCCGCCCCAACAACAACAACAGUCCCAACUACAUCUGCAGCACCAACAACAACCGCAACACCGACAACAACAACAACUGAUGCCCCAACAUCAACUGCUGCCCCAACUACACCUACAGCACCAACAACAACUGCUGCCGCAACAACAACUGCAGCCCCAACAACAACCGCCACACUGACAACAACAACUGCUGCACAAACAACAACUGCCACACCGACAACAACAACUGCAGCCCCAACUACACCUGCAGCACCAACAACAACUGCCACCCCAAUUACAACUGCAGAACCAACAACAACUGCAGCACCAACAACAACAGCUGCCGCCCCAACAACAACUUCUGCCCCAACAACAACUGCAGCCCCAACAACGACUGCUGCCCCAACAACAACCGCCACACCGACAACAACAACUGCUGCUCAAACAACAACUGCGGCCCCAACAACAACUGCUGCCCCAACAACAACAACUGCAGCCCCAACUACAUCUACAGCACCAACAAAAACCGCCACACCGACAACAACAACAACAACUGAUGCCCCAACAUCAACUACUGCCCCAACUACAACUGCAGCCCCAACAACAACCGCCACACAGACAACAACAACUGCUGCACCAACAACAACAACUGCUGCCCCAACAACAACUGCCGUAACAACGACAACUGCUGCAGAAACAACGACUGCCACCCCAACAACAUCUGCCUCCCCAACAACGACUGCCGCCCCAACAACAACAACAGUCCCAACUACAUCUGCAGCACCAACAACAACCGCCACACUGACAACAACAACAACUGAUGCCCCAACAUCAACUGCUGCCCCAACUACACCUGCAGCACCAACAACAACUGCUGCCGCAACAACAACUGCAGCCCCAACAACAACCGCCACACUGACAACAACAACUGCUGCACAAACAACAACUGCCACACCGACAACAACAACUGCAGCCCCAACUACACCUGCAGCACCAACAACAACUGCCACCCCAAUUACAACUGCAGAACCAACAACAACUGCAGCACCAACAACAACAGCUGCCGCCCCAACAACAACUUCUGCCCCAACAACAACUGCAGCCCCAACAACGACUGCUGCCCCAACAACAACCGCCACACCGACAACAACAACUGCUGCUCAAACAACAACUGCGGCCCCAACAACAACUGCUGCCCCAACAACAACAACUGCAGCCCCAACUACAUCUACAGCACCAACAAAAACCGCCACACCGACAACAACAACAACAACUGAUGCCCCAACAUCAACUACUGCCCCAACUACAACUGCAGCCCCAACAACAACCGCCACACAGACAACAACAACUGCUGCCCCAACAACAUCAACUGGUGCCCAAACAACAACCGCCACACCGACAACAACAACUGCUGCACCAACAACAACAACUGCUGCCCCAACAACAACUGCCGUAACAACGACAACUGCUGCAGAAACAACGACUGCCACCCCAACAACAUCUGCCUCCCCAACAAUGACUGCCGCCCCAACAACAACAACAGUCCCAACUACAUCUGCAGCACCAACAACAACCGCCACACUGACAACAACAACAACUGAUGCCCCAACAUCAACUGCUGCCCCAACUACACCUGCAGCACCAACAAAAACGGCCACUCCAACAACAACAACUGCAGCCCCAACAACAAUUACCGCAACAACAACUGCAGCCCCAACUACAGCUGCAGCACCAACAACAACUGCCACACCGACAACAAUAACUGCUGUCCCAACAACAACUGCAGCACCAACGACAAUGUCCACACCGACAACAACAACUUCUGCCCCAACAACAACUGCAGCCCCAACAACAACUGCCGCCCCAACAACAACUGCCGCCCCAACAACAACUGCUGCUCAAACAACAACUGCGGCCCCAACAACAACUGCUGCCCCAACAACAACAACUGCAGCCCCAACUACAUCUGCAGCACCAACAACUGAUGCCCCAACAUCAACUGCUGCCCCGACUACAACUGCAGCCCCA